GAAGACUAUGCUUCACGACGUACACGGCUGCUAUCUCCUCCUCAUCUUACCUCCGGGGAAAUAUGAAUAUCAUAUCAUACUGGAUGGAGAUUGCAGCUAUCUGGACGAUGUGUAUUUCGAUGUUCACCGUGAACUGGAGGUUGUCCAACGUGGAGAGAGACGAUUUCAAGAGGAUUUUCCGAUGCCACUCGCCAUUGUAGGUGAGGGGCCAGAAUCACCGAAAGCCAGCUACACAAGCGAGAUUUUUGCAGAGCAGGAUUUGGAGGAGGAACCUCCGGUGCUAACUCCACAUUUGUCCACCACAGUCUUCAGCUCAGCGCAUAUGGAAGGGGAACCGAGUCGAGUUGCUGCACCUCAACACAUGAUUGAACCAGCGUCAAUCAUGUCUACAUUGACAUCGCAGCGGGGAUGUGUGGAUGCCGAGGCAUUACUGAGUUGUUACGAGAUAAGUAUGUGUCCACUUUCCUAUACAAGCCCAAGCUUUGAGGGGCAAGUCAUAAUGUGCAGCGUCCCUUAGACUUCAGUCCUCUGCAGGAGGUUUCUCCAACACUUUUUGGCAUAGAUAUUCUCAUGAACACUGAUGCAUAUGAGAUGUCUAUUAACAGCGUGUCUGCUCGAACAUUCUGACCUGGAGCCCAGGAAAAGACUGUUUACUAGAGCAUACACGCAAAACAACAUCCACUUAAUGCUUUGGUUUAUCUUUAAAUUUACCUCUACCGCUUCUGGGACUUAUAGAUGGACAUCGAUGUCGAGCCUGUUCUACUUCAACCAACCUGAAUGAACUAAUAGAAAAUGAAGGUCCUAAUGCAUGCAAGCGAGUCGUACACCCAGUUUAGAUAUGGAAGAAAAUUUGGACAGCAAUGCUGUAGAUGCAUGAGUGCAGAGUCCGCCUGCUAUAGAGUGGAAGGGACAUGAGAUGACAUAGAUUAUUUAGUAGAUUAAUCAAAAUUUGUUCAAUUCCG